CAAUCUGCUGUUAGUAACUAACACACACACACUGAGACUCAAUUACUGCCCAAUUCCCUUCUUUAUCAUCUCCCGCUACCGGUCUCUAACAAUAACACAAAAUCGAGAAGGAAAAGAAACAUUACUUGAAAUAAUACUUGAAAGCAAGUCGAGGAGGGAAAUACGUACAAGUGUCUAAACUAAGUUUGCAGAGCAGUGAUGUCUCAGGGCUGAAGACACUCUUAAACAAUAUGGAGUCUGGAGAGCGGCUGGCCUCCCCAUCAGCAGCCUCGUCCUCGGUGCACACAGCCUCCUCCACCGCCUCGUCCCCAACCCCCUCCAAGAGCAGCCUGGCCACAGGCCCCACCGCACUGAGUUCCACUCUUGCCACCUGUGGACAUUUGUUUCGGGCUGCUGGAGAUCAGUCCUUUAACCUGUCUACUGUAUCAAGUGCCUUCCCAAUGGUCAAUCAUCCAGCCUUUGGUCUAUACACUACAAGCUCAGGGCGCUCAGAGUUUGGAGGCCUGGGAACACUUGGUGCAUCUGCAGCCUUAGCAACACACCCUCAGCUUGGAACUUUUCCGGAAUGGUGGCGGACAGAGGCUCACAGCCGUGGUGGGGCGACCUUCUUUCCUCCUCUUCUGGGCAUUCCAUCCAUGUUCGCUUCUCCUGUCCCGAACCACGACUCGAGCUCAUUCCAGUCCCGCACGGCAAGCAAGAACGCCCGUGGGGGUCAGAAAGGAGUGAACGGCGCAGUAAAUGGGAGCAGUAUUACAACCUCGACGGGAGCGAACACUGCGACAACCACAGCCUCAGCGUUGGCAUCUUCAGGGCAAACAAAAGCAGCACACCCUAGUGGACGCAGCCGGAAGAGCAACCCAGAGCAAAACAGCAGUCAACUUCAAGAGAAAACUGGGGAGAAAAGUAAAGACAAGAAACUUCGAAAGAAGCCAGUGGAGAGCUCCAGUAACAGUGAUAGUGAGUCAGGUUCGUCAUCAGAUACCUCAAGCGAAGGAGUGAGCAGCAGUGACUCUGAAGACCUUGAAGAGGAUGAUGAUGACGACGAAGAAGAUGAUGACGAUCAAACCAAUGAGGAAAGUGAAGAUGACUCUGAUUCCGAAAGUGAAACUCGAGUGAAGGGAAAAACCAAGGUGUUAAUGCAAAAUCUAAAUGAAGUCAAAAAGGAUGGACAAAAACCUGCUGAAGAAAAAGAACCCCAGGACAAAACGAGCAACCCACCGCGGAAUUUCACAGCUGACCCCCCGACUCCUCCGUCUUUCCAACCACAGCAGGCGCAGCCUCAGGUCUUGUCCCAGCAAUCCCCGCUUGUAUUCCAAAGCUCUCAGGCCAAGGAGGAGGCCAUGAAGAAGCACCUGAGUGUCAUUCACUCCACAGGACUGGCAGCCAGCAACAAACCUCUGGCCCUGGUCACUCAACCAAGGAGAGAGGCUUCUCCCAAACCAGUUAUUCCAUCACCAGACGUCCUCAAGGCAGGCAACAGAAGCACAGCAGAGGAGCCCUGCUCUCAGAUCAGCGAUUUAAGAUUGAAACAGGAACAGUUCAAACAGACUUUUCCCGUGCAGUUGAAGAAACAGCAGGAGCUCUACAAGAUCCAGAAGAAACUGGUCGCACCUGUGCUCACUCCCAAAAUCACCCGUGACUCGCCUAGCAACCAGAAGCUUGCCAACAGCAACCAUUCAAAUCUCUUCCUUUCAAACACACUUCUUGGGCAUCACCAACCCAAUGGGGUGAUCCAAAGCGCAAUUCAGGAAGCUCCCUUAGCACUUACAACCAAACCUCGCAGUCAGACCAAGACCCCUGACAAGCCACUCCUCACUUCGAGUGCUGUGUCUUUUUCGGCCCCGGUCAAUUUGAGUACGGGUGGAAAGAAUCAUUCCACCACUCAGAUGGUGCCGGUUAGGCCAUCUACCUCACCUGCUUUGCCUCAUGUGUCUGGGAAAGACAAGGCAUCCAGUGCUAAGGUCACUCCAACGGGAAAAAGUUCAACCCAGAGUCAUCUGGUACAGUCGUUAGUCGAUCUGUUUCGAGGAGCCGAGUCGGAUAUUCCUAGCAGCAAGGACUCGGACGACUCUGCUGAGGAUGAGGAUGACGAAGAUGACGACGAUGACGAAGAAGAUGACGAAGAUGAGGAGGAUACUGAUGACAGCCAGUCAGAGUCAGAAAGCAAUUUUGAGAGUGACUCAGAUGGAUCAGAAGAUGAUGAAAAGGACCAUGAUGAGACUGAAACUGACACAGAAGGAGAGAAGACACCUCUAAAACUGAAUAAAUCUGCUCCUGCUGUGCUGAACGCGUCUGCUAAUUGUACGCCUCUGAACCUUCAAGUGAUUAAAAGUCCCAACCUGAGUCCUACCUUAGUGACCAGCACUGGGACACCGGCCUAUCACAGCACUCCCUCUUCAUCUUUCUCUAUAUCCACACCACCAGGGUCUGGUAAAAGAAGAAGAGUAACAGAUGAACGGGAGCUCCGAAUCCCUCUGGAAUAUGGGUGGCAGAGAGAAACCAGAAUAAGAAACUUCAGUGGUCGUUUGCAAGGAGAGGUAGCUUAUUAUGCCCCGUGUGGGAAAAAACUUCGGCAGUACCCUGAAGUUGUGAAGUAUCUAACCAGAAAUGGAAUUACAGACAUCACACGAGAUAAUUUUAGCUUCAGUGCAAAAAUAAGGGUUGGUGACUUCUAUGAAGCCAGAGAUGGACCUCAGGGCAUGCAGUGGACUUUACUGAAGGAAGAGGAAGUCAUUCCUCGUAUUCGUGCGAUGGAAGGGCGUCGGGGGCGCCCCCCAAACCCUGAGCGCCAGCGCUCUGGUGACGGCUCCAGAACGAAGCGCAGGAAGGGCCGGCCCCCCAACGUGGGGGCCACCGAGUUCCCCAGCCCCGCCGAUGCCAAGCUCCUCCGCAAACUGGAAGCUCAAGAAAUUGCUAGACAGGCGGCUCAGAUCAAACUGAUGCGGAAACUUGAAAAGCAAGCUUUGGCACGAGCUGCUAAAGAGGCAAGGAAACAGCAAGCAAUCAUGGCAGCUGAGGAAAAGCGGAAACAGAAAGAGCAAAUAAAGAUUCUGAAACAACAGGAAAAGAUCAAACGAAUUCAGCAAAUAAGAAUGGAAAAGGAGCUUCGAGCACAGCAGAUUCUUGAGGCUAAAAGGAAAAAGAAGGAAGAAGCAGCAAAUGCCAAAAUUUUGGAAGCUGAGAAACGAACAAAGGAGAAGGAAAUGCGACGACAACAGGCAGUUUUGUUGAAGCACCAGGAGUUGGAGAGGCAUAGACUAGAUAUGGUAUGGGAGCGGGAGAGACGACGGCAGCACAUGAUGUUAAUGAAAGCAAUGGAGGCUCGCAAGAAAGCAGAGGAGAAAGAGCGACUGAAGCAGGAGAAGAGGGAUGAGAAACGUUUAAACAAGGAAAGAAAAUUGGAACUUAGGAGACUGGAACUGGAAAUUGCUAAGGAGAUGAAGAAGCCAAAUGAAGAUAUGUGCUUAGCAGAUCAUAAGCCUCUUCCAGAGCUGUCUCGUAUUCCCGGACUGGUUUUACCAGGGAGCACGUUUUCGGACUGCCUCAUGGUGGUGCAGUUUUUGCGGAAUUUCGGGAAGGUUCUGGGCUUUGACAUCAGCGUGGACGUCCCCAGUCUGAGUGUGCUGCAGGAGGGGCUGCUGAACGUAGGAGACAGUAUGGGAGAGGUGCAGGACCUGCUCGUCAGACUGCUGUCUGCGGUGGUGUGCGAUCCCGGACUGCCGCCUGGGCAUCGAGCCAAAACAGCUUUGGGAGACCAUCUGACAAACGUUGGGAUAAACAGGGAUAACGUUUCAGAGAUUCUACAGAUCUACAUGGAGGCCCACUGCGUUCAGACAGAACUGACCGAGAGCCUGAAGACCAAAGCCUUUCAGUCACACACUCCAGCACAGAAAGCCUCAGUGCUGGCAUUUCUUGUAAAUGAGCUGGCAUGCAGUAAAAGUGUAGUGAGUGAGAUUGACAAAAACAUUGAUCAUAUGUCUAACUUAAGACGAGACAAAUGGGUGGUGGAAGGCAAGCUCCGCAAGCUGCGAAUAAUUCAUGCCAAGAAGACUGGGAAGAGAGACUCGAGCACAGGGGGCGAGGGUGGGGAGGAACAGCAGGCCCUGGGCACACCCUCGGCGGGGCGGAAACGCAAGCGGAAAGGAGGGGACAGCGACGAGGAUGAAGACGAGGAUGAGGACAGUGAGGACCAGGGAGAGGAUGACGAUGAGGACGAGGACGACAAGAAAGGAAAGAAAGCGGAAACCUGCGAAGAAGAGGAUGAUGGGGACCAGGCAGCUACUGUUGAAGAGCUGGAGAAGCAGAUUGAAAAACUGACAAAGCAACAGAGCCAGUUCCGAAGAAAGCUCUUCGAAGCAUCUCAUUCCUUGCGGUCUAUGAUGUUUGGCCAGGAUCGCUAUAAACGGCGAUAUUGGGUGCUACCUCAGUGUGGCGGAAUUUUUGUUGAGGCUAUGGAAAGUGGGGAAGGACCAGAAGAACUGGAGAAAGAACGGGAAAGGCUGAAGAAUGCAGAAACGAUCCAGAUCAAAGAGGAGGUAACGGAAGAGAAACCUCUGGACAUCAACCUCGACCUCAGCUUCAGCAGCGCCGUGGGCCAGGAAGAGGGGAAGGACACCGAUAACCCUAACCUCUUCUUGCAGAAACCAGGUUCCUUUUCUAAACUCAGCAAACUCCUGGAAGUAGCAAAAAUGUCGCCCGAGUCAGACGCCCUGAACCAGAAGCAGAACGGAAGCAGCCCAGCCAACAUCCCUGCCAUCAUUUCUUCGCCGACUCACUCUAACUCACAGCAGGUGUUGCCCAGCCCCCAGCCAGCUGCCUCCCAGUGCUGUCCAGACUCUAAACCAGACUCCAACGCUAACCUCUUCAGCCCCAUCCACGGCAGUCCUGGAAAGAUGUACAAUUCUCAGAUCCUUCCUAAUGACCAGCUUUUCAGAGUGCUGACAGAAAGGAGCGGACACUGGUUUAGUCUUCUGCCCAGAACACCAUGCGAUGACUCUUCUCUUACUAGUACCACAACCCCUUCUGCUGCCUCUCCUCACUUGUCAUCAAUGAGGCCUAAGUCUCCUUCUCCAUCCCCGACUCCUCCAGCUGUGUCUGCCAGUCCACAGAAUCCUGUGGGGAUGAAUAACUUUACAUUGUCAGCUCUUCAGGUGAAGCCUGGUUUACACUUAAUGAGUGUCCCUUUUUGUGGAUGGCCUACCGGAAUUAUGAGCCCAACGUUGCCCUUCUCUAGUAACCACCUGCCACCAGCAUCAGGUCCUGGAUUUGGAAUGGCAGAUGGAAAUGGCAAUCCUUUCCUUGUCCCCAGUGUUUCCACCAGUAAGAGUGAGUCUCCGGUGCCACAAAAUGAGAAGCUCCCAUCCGCGCCGUCUCCAGCAGUGGAGGUAGCCAAACCUGUGGAUUACCCCAGUCCAAGGCCCAUUCCAGAAGAAAUGCUGACAGGAUGGUGGAGAAUAACAGAUGCUGAAGAGCUAAGAGCACUGGUGAAAGUUUUGCAUUUCAGGGGAAUAAGGGAAAAGGCUUUGCAGAAACAGAUUCAGAAACACAUGGAUUACAUCAGCCAAGCCUGUGCCAAGAACAAAGAUGUUGCCAUCGUUGAGAUAAAUGACAAUGAGGAAAACCAGGUUACUCAGGAAACAUUGGAGAGCUGGUGUGUUGAAGAACAGGCAAUGGAAAUGGACAUAGCUAUUCUCCAGCAGGUGGAAGAACUAGAAAGGAAAGUAGCGUCUGCUAGCCUGCAAGUCAAGGGAUGGAUCUAUCCAGAGCCUCACUCAGAGAGGGAAGAUCUUGUCUACUAUGAGCACAAACCAUUCGCUAAAGAGCAGCAGGAAGAAGACAGUGUUCAAGGAGAAAAUGAGGAUUGCGGUGAUGGCAGCAUUAUCCGGAGAAUCAACAACCCUCUAGAUAUAGCUGUAACCAGGCUGGCUGAAUUGGAGAGGAACAUAGAGCGAAGGUAUCUGAAGAGCCCCUUAAGUACCACCAUUCAGAUCAAACUGGAUAAUGUGGGCACAGUUACUGUUCCUGCUCCUGCACCAUCUAGUAGUGGUGAUGGUGAUGGAGGGGAAGAGGACAUUGCCCCUGGGCUGAAAGUGUGGCGCAAGGCCCUCAGUGAGGUUCGCAGCGCAGCUCAGUUGGCCCUCUGCAUACAGCAGCUGCAGAAAUCAAUUGCCUGGGAGAAGUCCAUCAUGAAAGUUUACUGCCAAAUUUGCCGAAAGGGAGAUAAUGAGGAACUACUCUUGCUUUGUGAUGGUUGUGACAAAGGAUGUCAUACUUACUGCCAUAGACCCAAGAUCACCACAAUACCUGAGGGUGACUGGUUUUGUCCUGCCUGCAUUGCGAAGGCAAGCGGUCAGUCCCCAAGGAGUAAAAAGCUUCAAAACCGAAGUGGAAAGAAAAACAAUGAAGUAAAACGGAGUAGGAAACUGUCUGUGGCUGGAGAAGUCUCAGAGGACGAUGCUGCAAGUACAAGCAGCACUCCAAAGAAAGGGAGCAAGGAGGCCAAAAAGAGAAAAGGGGAAGAAAAUGCGUCUUCAAACCAGAGCAAGCAGGAAAGUCCUCUAUGUGUGAAGAAAGCUAAAACGGCAAAAGACAACGCCAAGGAUCUAGCUAUGUGCAGCAUAAUCCUUUCUGAGCUAGAAACCCAUCAAGAUGCCUGGCCGUUUUUACUUCCUGUGAAUUCGAAGCUUGUGCCUGGAUACAAAAAAGUGAUCAAGAAACCUAUGGACUUUUCUACUAUUCGUGAGAAACUUGGUAGCAGCCAGUAUCAGAAUCUUGAAGCAUUUAUUGUCGAUGUCAAAUUAGUGUUUGAUAACUGUGAAACAUUUAAUGAAGAUGAUUCUGAGAUAGGACGAGCUGGUCACAACAUGAGACGAUUUUUUGAAAGAAGAUGGACUGAAAUUUGCAAAUCAAACUAGUCCUGUUUGAACAUUAUCUUCACUGUCUGGGACCAGCAGUCUUCAUUUCAGUUUUCAAAGUGGAACACUUGGGGAAAGUAUAUACUCAAGAACAUCUCUGUGGAAUGAUGCUCGAGUCUCUACUUCACAAACCAGGGCUCUGAAAUUACAUUGUUCUGUUGAUUACGCUGGUUUGGUUAGAACAGGGAAAACACACCCAAAGAGUUCCAGAUAAUGGGGUGUCAUAGUGCAAUACCAAUUACAAAUGAAAUCGCACUGAAUUUACAACCAUCAGAGCUGUAAUACGGAAAGAAAACUUUCCACUACUUGUAAAUAAUUUUUUUACAGUUAAUAUUAUAGUGAAUGUAUUUAAUUUUGUUAAUUAUUUAUGAGUAAAAAGGUCCAGUCUUCAUUUUCUAUGAAAAGGAAGAAACAGCAAAAACUGCUUUAAAAUCUUAAGGAAUGUUUUUCAAAUAUAAAACAAAGCCAAGAAAUAACUGUUUACACUGUUCUGUGUCUUAAGGGCACCAGAGAAUCCAUUACGGUAAUACUGUAAAGCUGCAUUUAUAUAUAAAUAUAUGUUUUUGCAUCACUUAGUUGCAAAAGAACAGUGAGGCAACAGUGACACAUCUGUAUAUACUGUUCAUUAAUGUUAAUAUUAAGUCUUGUUUGGAAUAUGUAUGAUGUGUACAUAUUGUUUUCAGACAUCAAAUAUUGUUUAUGCCUUAGAAUGAUUGUAGCAUUUUAUUUUAGUCUUAAAGUGAUUAUACAUAUAUUGCUUGUACAGUACAUAUCCUCUGCAAACACUGUGGUCUCCUUAAUCUUGGUAGUGCCUGCCUUUCCAACAGGGUGUAGGGGAUAUUAUUUUUUUCCCAUUUUUCUAUUUUUUUAUAUAAUUUUAACCCUCCUGGGCCUCGAAUUCUAACAUAAUCAUUUUUAUCCAUAUAAAAGAUAUUGCAACGCACACAGUAUUUUUCAUAAAAGCAUUUCCCUCCAUCUGCCUUGCCACAGAACUGAGGACACAAGGACAUUUGUAACCACUGUGUUUGAACUGCUGUGUGUUGUGGCCUACUGGAGGCAGCUAGAGCAGAUUUUUUUGUACCUAAGUCAGAGUACUUGAAGUUAUUUUAUUUAAAAUAUAUUGUGGAAAAAAGGUAGCAUUCUUUUUGUAGGAGCAUUAUUUUUCACUAGUGUGUGUGGCACGGAUCUAAUAAAAGGAUGUUUUUCAACCCA